AUGGAAGCCGAGUAUGUGGCGGCUUCGCAAACAUCAACUGAGAUGAUAGGCAUCGUGGAAUUGCUCAAAGAGAUCGGCGUGCAGAUGCAGUCAUAUACGACUUUUGACGUGGAUUACCAAGCUGCCAUCGCUCAAAUCAAGGGCGAAGACACAUCUGGGCGAGCGAAGCACAUCGACGUGCGAUACAAGUUUGUGAAAGAUCUUGCAAAAAACGAUUUGCUGACCGUGCAGUAUUGUGAGUCAAAGAAAAUGCGUGCGGACAUCCUGACCAAGACACUCCCAUCACACCGACUUAGCGAGCUACGUGGAAUGAUGAUGCUCAGUGGUUAA